AUGGCAAUAUUGUAUUGCAUGGUGGCGAGAGGAUCGGUGGUUCUAGCAGAGUUUGGCGGCGUGUCAACAAAUGCAAGUGUUGUGGCACGUCAAAUAUUAGGAAAAAUGCAAGGGAACAAUGACACCAAUGUCUCAUACUCUCAAGAUCGUUAUAUAUUUCACGUGAAAAGGAUCGAUGGCCUCACUACUCUUUGCGUAGCUGAUGAUGCAUUUGGAAGAAGGAUCCCUUUUGUGUUUCUUGAAGAUAUUCAUCAGCGAUUUGUGAAGACAUAUAGUCGGGCUAUUCAUUUGGCUCCCGCCUAUGCCAUGAAUGAGGAGUUCUCAAGGGUUAUGAGCCAACAAAUGGACCAUUACUCAAAUGACUCUAAUGCAGAUCGACUAAACCGACUAAAAGGAGAAAUGAAUCAUGUAAGGACAGUGAUGAUAGACAACAUUGACAAAGUUUUGGAAAGGGGCGAUCGUUUGGCAGCGCUAGUUGAGAAAACAACUUCCCUGCAAGGGAAUACAAUUCGCUUCAAAAGACAAGCUCGACGUUAUAGAAAUAAUAUGUGGUGGAGAAAUUGCAGACUCUCGAUUGCCUUGGUACUCACCCUUCUAAUCAUCAUUUAUAUUGUCAUGGCACUUCUUUGUGGUGGUCCCUUACUGCCUUCUUGCUUGAAGUAA